AUGACGCAUCUCGCUACACAUGACGCCGCGACGUCAAACGUCCUUGCCUGGUCGGCAAACUGCGCCAACACGCCCUUGAUGGUAGAAGACGAGCCCGCCGAUGUCGACGAGCCUCCGGAUAAUAUGCAGCAGCCACCCCUCUCUCCCAUGAACAGCAUGUUCAAGCGGAACCCCAUCCGCCGUACUACCGUCGACCACAAUGCUUCCCUCCUUACCAAGGCUCUUCACAGCCCGUCCGAGGAUGAGGACUCCGAGGCUCGCCCGGGCAUGUCCUUCUUUGCUCGCCGCCGCUCCAUGGCCAGCAACAUCAGCUUGGCCUCCACCGCAGAACUCACCAGCGACACCGGCUUGACCAGCCCCUCUCGCGCCAACACGCCUAGCCCCCCUCUUCCCGAGAUUCGUCUUCUCAACCUUGAUGGCGCGCCUGCCAAGGAUGCGCCUAAAAAGCGCUGCAUCCAGUUUGCCUGUGCCGCGAAGCCCAAGGUCGCUGAGCCCAUUCAGGCUCAGCCCAUGGUGAAGGCACCCUCUGCCCAGGAGACUCGGCGGAAAACUUGCGUCAAGUUUGCCUGUCCUGUUCCUCAGCGUCCUGCCUCUACGCAGAACACGCCGCCCCAGAGGAUGGAGAUGGCUGCCGCCCGCCUUCAGCCCGCUGCCCUCGACAAGCAGGCCUCUCCGACGAUGGCCCGUAGGGCUCGCUCUUCUGUCACUCGCUCGCAGUCUCCUGGGCCUUUCCUCGCUCCUCCUCACGCAGACAAGGACGCGAGGUCCCCCACCACCAAAAAGUAUAUCACCGCCAACGACAACGACUUGAACAACGAAUCUUCUCGCUUCCAUGAGUUCGCCAGUGACAUCCCUCGUGAGGAGGACUGGAUUCGCCAGGCCUUCUCCUCCCAGGGACGUCGCAUCACCAUCAACGACACUCUUCAGAAGGAGAACGCCAUCCGCAAGUUGGCGACAGAGGCCGAGGAAGAGGCCGAGCAGGAGGAGGAAGAUAUGGCUCUUGAAGAUGACGAGGACCUCGAUAACAUGGACGAUGCCGAUGAUGUUGACGAAGACGAGGACCAGGAUGACGAAGAUGAGGAUGACGAUGAGGACGGCGCUUCUGACGAGGACGACAACUCUGACGGCUACAAGACUGACGAGGAAACCGGAUUUGCCGACUCUGAAGAGGAGGAGGAAGAAGACGAGGAUCUCCGCCUGUGGACGCCCGGUCGCUCCACUGUGCUGAACAUUGACAGCACCCCCAUUGCCAGGCGCCCCUCUCUGCCCGAGCAGCUCUCGGAUUCCUCUAUCGCCUCCAAGACCAGCCUACGCGCCCGCCGUGGCCGGACUCAGCGUCUCAAGAUUCGACCUGGUACCCCUGAGCUCCCCGACAGCACCGACUUCGUCUGCGGCACACUCGACGAGGACCGUCCUAUGGAGGACGCCUACAUGUCCUGCUUGGCGGCUCGAAGACGCGAGAAGCUCCAGCUUAUCCCUCAAGACAUCGACCCCAGCUUCCCGGCGUCCGACCCCGAGGACGAGGGCGAAGAGGAGAUCUACAACCCCGUCCACCACAGCAGUGACGACGAAAUGUUCUUCCACGGAAAGAUGGACGACUUGCACCAUGCAAACGACAGAAGCCGCCGCCGCAAGAAGACGGAGCACACCUCUCCCAAGCGCUUCCACUCGCCUCCCCCCCUCAAGCGUCGCGCAUCCCCUGCUCCUAAGGCUCGCGGCCGCUCUCCUCGUCGUCUCUUUGAUGGUCCUUCACCCCAUCGCCUGCGGUCUCCUGCGCCUCAGACGCUGAGAUCCCCUCCCGCAUCCCCCCGCAAUGGCGACGGCGGUAUCGCCUUCAAGACUCUGGCAUCUCGCCCCGGUCUCACCGUCACCAAGUCUCUCCCUCGGCCCCCUUCCAUGUUUCCUCACAUGGCCAAGGGCCGCCGCAUCAAGGCUCCGGCUAACGAUGUGCACAUUCGUGGUGCCAUUGACAUUGUCAAGGGCCUCGAGCAAAAGCGACAGCGUCGCAAGGAAAAGUUCUAUCAAAAGUACUGCAACCGCGCUCGCAAGGGACAAGUCCCCGAGCGCAAGCCGCAGCGCGGCCUCGGCUGUGAGCGUAUGAGAGAGUUGGGCUUGCUCAUGGCCGGCAAGAUCGGCCAGGGCAAUUAUGUCAUCUCGGUUUGA